GUGGGGAGAAGAAGAGAAGAGAUAGAGGAUAGAGAGGGUUGAGAGGGUUGAGAGAAUAGAGAGAAUAGCGAGAAUAGCGAGAGGAGAGAUAACCGAGUGUCUCCACGUGUAGCAGAGAGCAUGGCGUCCCUUCAGGAAGCAGAGGUGCAGCUGGCUCAGAGACUGGCCUCUAAUGAGAAACCCAUCAGGAGCAAAGCCAUGAAGAAGCUGAGGAAGUACAUCAAUGUCAGGUCUCAGAAAGCAGCAGGAGGAUUUACAGGCGAUGAGCUGCUCAAACUGUGGAAGGGUUUGUUCUACUGUCUGUGGAUGCAGGACAAACCGCUGCUGCAGGAGGAGCUUUCAAAAGUGAUCUCCAGCCUGAUGCACAGCUUCCAAGGCAUCGACGCACAGUUGUUGUUCCUGGAGAGUUUCCUGCAGACCUUAAAGAGAGAGUGGACCGGCAUCGACAGACUGAGGAUGGACAAGUUCUUCCAGCUGGUUCGCUUCAUGUUCAGACAAACAUUUGAGAUGCUGAAGAGGAAAGACUGGGACAGCAGUCUGGUCGGCAGGUUUCUGGAGGUGCUGACGGCUCAGCUCCUGCAGAGCGACAGCGCGGCGCCCAGCGGGCUGCAGCUCCACGUCCUCGACCUCUACAUGACUGAACUGGCUGCACUGGGAUCUGCUGAGCUCACUGCGGAUCAGAACCUGACAUUCAUCGAGCCGUUCUGCAAAACAGCAGCUAAAACAAAAGAUCGCGCUCUCUUCGGAGCGAUCUGCAGCAACAUCUUCACCACCAUCAUCGAUCAGGCUCCCUACGCCAUCCAGGACCUGAUGAAGGAGCUGCAGGCGGCCGAGGGCUCGGACUCAGGACAGGCCUCCGAGGAAGAGGAGGAGGAAGAGCAACCGAAAGAGAAAAAGACCAGCGGACCUGUUGAUAAGAAAGGCAGCGGGAAGCAGAUGAAUGGUCGUAAAUCACAUAAAAAUGAUGAUGAUGAUGAAGAUGAUUUUGAUGAUGACGAUGAUGAUGAUGACCUUCUUCACCUGGAGGAAUCAGACUCAGAGCCGCUGGAUGAUGAAGAUAUUGGACCAGUCCUUCAGUUUGAUUAUUCUGCUGUGGCUGACAAACUGUUCGGGUUGGCGAGCCGCAACAGCACGCCGAGCCUCAACCGACAGAGACUCUACAAGAUCAUCAGAACGUGA